UUAAAAAAGUGAAAUCAUAAAAAAGGACUACUUUAAACCGAAAAUCAAGUUGAAUAUUGUAUAACUUAUAAACAGUUGAAAUUGCAUAAAUUAUUAAUGUAAAAACAUAUACUGCCAUGACUUUUUUUUACAGCAUGCAUUCCAAAGAAUAUUGCUUCUAUUCAUAAUCUGCCAAUUCUGAAGGUUUCAAAAAAGAUUAGAACGAUUUGUUUUCUUCUAAAUAUUUUCUUAAUGUACAUGUAUUAAUAAAAUUAAAAUCAACUUAUUCAUUUUCUUGUUUGUUUGAAGCUCUAUGAAAGUGAUUUUGACCUUUAGCCUCUCUGUUCCAGUCAAAAAGCUUUUUUGUGCAUUCUGUUAUGAAAGCCCAUAUUACAUCAUCUAUGUGAAUAAAAUCAAGGCCUACAUUUCUUUUUCUCUCAGAAAUACAUAUUUUGGAAUUAAAAUGCAUUCUUUCAUUAUAACUUUAGAGACCCCAUGAACCUUAUUAAAAGGAGCAGUUUUCUGUCCUGUGCUGACAUAUAUUUAUUUUGGAUGUUUGGGCAGGACAAAUUGCAAUGCACACACCUCUUUGUUACACAAUGCACCAAUUACAGCCAUGAACUAUGAUUUGCUACUUUGUAGUCCCUUUUCAGGUUGUAUUAAAGGGUUAGUUCACCUCUAAAAUGCAUUAUUAAUGAAAACCCUGACCUUAUAUUACAGAUUACAGUGAAUUAACAGACAGAAGUGAAUUAAAACAACAUGCAGUUCAAGAUCUGCAUGCGUAUAAAUGAUGCAGUUCAAACCCAAGAGACAAAUAUAAAACACAUGUUCUUCUGGGUUGACCUAUUUGUCUCCCAAUGGCUCGGGAACUUUCUUGAUGUGAAUGACAAACUUAUAUUGUUUAUAUAGUAAAGUGAGAACAUUUCUACUCACUGAAUGCGUAAAAUAUGUUUUCCAGAAGAUGAAAUCCACACCAGCCUCAUACAUCACCUACAAUCAUGGAAAAGUUGUUUUCAAGAGGAACAGAAGACGUUAAUUUUUUGGCAACACCACUUAUUCCUCUUUCCUCUUCUGCGUUCUCUCCCUCUCUGGCUCUUCACACAUCUGGAAGGUACGACGGGUGGCUGCGUCUCUCCAGCGCUGCUGAUCUUAUGAUGUGUUUGGGCUGUUUCAGGAAGCUUUGACACGCUGGACUUUUGCUUUAACUCUGUUUGGAUACUUUCAGAGGGAACUGAGAGGUCCAGAUCUGGUUCGGUUCUGGCUGGAUCGGAGUUGGAGUGAGGGUUUCAGAUCUUCUUUGGCCCGAGCGAACGCAUCCAGGCCCGGAAGUAUGGAUCAGCGGCGCGGCCUGCUGGAGCUGCUGUGUUUGGUUCUGCUGGGCUGGACUCUGGUUCGCGGUCAGGCGGAAACAGACUUAAAGGAGGACGGUGAGGCGGAGGACGCCCCUGGAAUAGUGGAAAAUGUGGAGCAAAAGAUGUUUUGUCCGGAGAACUGCAGCUGCACCGAGGAGGGGGCGGUGGACUGUAACGGAGCGAGCCUAAAUGAAUUCCCACAUGAGUUAUCCGAACAGACCCGUCAGCUCUCGCUGCAGAAUAACCAAAUCACUGAGGUCACGCUGGAGCAUCUGUCACAUCUUCAGCAGUUGGAGACACUAAACUUACAGAACAACCGCCUCACGACACAAGGCCUUGACGAUGAAGGGUUUCAUAUUCUGGAAAAGCUGAGCUAUUUAUACUUGGCAAAUAAUAAGCUCACAGCAGCUCCCAGACAACUCCCUCCCUCUUUGGUCAGCGCUGAUUUCGCUGCAAACCAGCUCACCAAAAUCUACCCCAACACAUUUGGUCAGAAGCCUGUUCUGAAGUCAGUGUAUCUCCAUAACAACAAGCUAACGGAUGCCGGUCUGCCAGAGAAUAUGUUUAAUGGAUCAGACAACCUUGAGAUCCUAAUUAUGUCCAGUAAUUUCCUCCGUUAUGUCCCAAAGGCUCUACCCACUGCCCUCUACCGCCUACACCUGAAGAACAAUAAGCUGGAGAAGAUUCCCGCAGGUGCAUUCGAUAAUUUGUCUCAUCUUCGAGAACUUUACCUGCAAAACAACUUCCUGAGUAAUGAUGGCAUGGACAACGAGACCUUCAGUCACUUGAACAGUCUGGAAUAUCUGGAUUUGUCCAAUAACAACUUGACCGCGGUUCCCCUCGGGCUGCCCCGCAAUAUCGUCCUGCUUCACCUGGAGAAGAAUCACAUCCAGAGCAUCACAAUCAACGCUCUGACGCCCAUCCGAAACUUGGAGUACCUGCUCCUCCACAACAACCACCUCCGCUCCCGCUCCAUCCAUCCGGCCGCCUUCAUGGGCCUCAAACGUCUCCACACCGUCCACAUGUACAACAACCUCCUAGAGCGAGUUCCCCGCGGUCUUCCACGCCGUGCAAAAACCCUCAUGCUGCUCCACAACCUCAUCAGCGAGAUCGGGCGCAACGAUCUGAUCACGCUUUACACCCUCACGGAGCUCAACCUCAGUUACAACCGCCUCACCAGUGCCAAGCUCCACAGAGAUGCCUUCAGGAAGCUCAGGAUACUGGAGACCUUGGAUCUGUCAGGAAACAAGCUGCAGGUGCUGCCGUUGGGACUUCCCAAGAGCCUCCAGGUUCUGAAGGUGAAGGACAACCAGAUGACUGAGAUACCGGAAGGAGCUCUGCUGGGAAUGAGCUCGCUGAGGGAGAUCUACCUGUCCAACAAUCAACUGAAGCUGAACUCCAUCUACCAAGGAGCGUGGCAGGAGCUGAGCGUGCUCAAGACGCUGGAUCUCUCCGGUAACAUGUUGUCACACAUUCCUCCUGACCUGCCCGAGUCUCUUGAGUUCCUUCACCUGCAGAGCAACAGAAUCAGCUCGGUUUCUGCCACAGCCUUCCUCAACACACCCAACAUCAAAGGGAUCUUCCUCAGAUUUAAUCGCCUCUCAGUUCAUUCGGUAUCCGAAGAGUCUUUUUCUCACCUGUCCAAGCUUCAGGUGUUGGACAUUGGCCACGGUAACAUCUCUCCCAACCGAGGCCGAGGAGGAGAAGAAGAGGAGGAGGACUUACCGUACGAAGAGGUGGAGAAACGCUCGUGAGACAGGAAGGAAUGGAAAACAGUAAAAUUCACGCCCUGAACUUUCCUUCACUCAAAAAUAAAAUGAAAAUGACAACCAGUUUGAAAUCAUAAAUGCAUUUUGGCUGCUGACAGAAUGUGAUUAUUUCCGAAAGCAUUGACUGAUUACAUCCGAGUGCAUGGGAAGAUAUUUCAGACAUGAAAAAGGAAAAUACAAAUUUUGCUACUACUAAUUUUUCUUUUUUGUUUUCAUCAAAAAUGUGGCUUUAUGUUGUAAUCGGAUGCAAUAGUACGAAAACAAGUGUCAUAUACAGCAUGUAAAUAUCUGGUGCAGGAUACCGGAAAGUUUUAUUGGUUGUCUUUUAUUUUUUGUUUUUGUGGUGUUUGCUCAUUCAUCAUGACUCAUUGCUCACUGUGUCUGUGUAUGAAACCAUUUUGUGCUAUGAAAUUAUAAUUUCUUUCUCCAGA